CCCGCCGUCGCCUUCCUCCCACUCCAUGUCACCAAUGGCAUCCUUUCCCCCUCCCGUCGACGUCUCGACCCUCGAUCAUCUCGUGCGCGCUGCCGACAACUCAGCAACCAAUUGGUAUUCCUUCGUCGGCAGCCUCCACCGCGUCCUCGGCAGUGCUUAUGUCCUGCCGUUCCGCCUCCUGGACAUCAUGCUUGGUCUCCCAGAGGGUGACCUUGGGGACCCGCCGCCUCACCCUGGCGAUCCCCCCCCUCUCAUUCCCCAUCCCGGCGAGGAACCUCCGCCCCCCAUGGUACCUGUUGGCACCAGCACUCGCGCUGCCACCGCUGAAGUUGAGCAGCUCUUCCUUACUCAGCGUCGUGAGUUCCUCGUGCUCCAUACUGAUUACCUGAUUGCGUUGGAGGAACACGAGCGGGCGGGUGAGCGCUGCACCCAAACCAACCAUCCCCCCGCGACCUGCUUCAAGGCGUAUGAUGACGCCUGGUUCGAGCGCGGCAACACUGGCACCCCCCCACACUGGUCUGCCAUGGAUCCCCGCCCCUCUCUCCUGGAUGUCAAAACUCUUCCGUCUUUCCUCCCCUCUCAUCUUCAGCUCUCCUCCUCCUCCUCCUCUGUCGCUGACCCCAUAACUCCCCAGGAGCUGCAGCAGUUUUGCCGCUUCCAGCAGCUGCAGCUGCUGCAGCAGCAGCAACAGUGGGGCUCUGGUGGCUGGCAUCACUACCCUCUUCCCCGCAUCUGCCACCUACUGUGACCUCCUCCACGGCCCCACUCGCCGCCUCCUUCAUCACCUCCCACUUUGCCCUCGCUCUCGUCAGUACAUCCUCCGCACACC